AGGGACGUUGCGCUCAGAGUCGCCCACACAGUCUCUGGACAGGAGUCGCCUGAGCCGCGAGUCCGGCCCCGGCCCCCCCAGGGCCCUUGACACCACCAUGAGUGAGGCCUUCGACUGUACCAAGUGUGGGGAGUCCCUGUAUGGCCGGAAAUAUAUCCAGGCAGAGGGCGGCCCCCACUGUGUUCCCUGCUAUGAUGGCACCUUCGCCAACACAUGCGCUGAGUGCAAGGAGCUUAUUGGGCAUGACUCUCGGGAACUGUUCUAUGAAGAUCGGCACUACCACGAAGGCUGCUUUCGCUGCUGCCGCUGUGAGAAGUCCCUGGCAGACGAGCCUUUUACUUGCCAGGACAACGAGCUGUUGUGUAAUGAGUGUUAUUGCAGCGCCUUCUCCUCCCAGUGCUCGGCCUGUGGGGAGACCGUCAUGCCUGGGUCUCGGAAGCUAGAGUACGGGGGUCAGACCUGGCACGAACACUGCUUCCUCUGCAGCGGCUGUGAGCAGCCCCUAGGCUCCCGCUCCUUUGUGCCUGACAAGGGUGCUCACUACUGCGUGCCCUGCUACGAAAGCAAAUUUGCCCCUCGAUGUGCCCGCUGCAGCAAGACACUGACACAAGGUGGAGUGACUUAUCGUGACCAGCCCUGGCACCGAGAGUGCCUGGUCUGCACCGGGUGCCAAACCCCCCUGGCUGGCCAACAGUUCACAUCCCGGGACGAUGACCCCUAUUGCGUGAAUUGCUUUGGGGAGCUCUACGCACCGAAAUGUAGCAGCUGCAAGCGGCCCAUCACAGGUCUUGGCGGGGGCAAGUAUGUGUCAUUUGAGGACCGCCACUGGCACCACAGCUGCUUCUCCUGUGCCCGUUGCUCAACUUCCCUCGUGGGCCAGGGAUUCAUACCUGAUGGAGAUCAAGUUCUCUGCCAAGGAUGCAGCCAAGCUGAUCUCUGAGGGAGCCUCCCCGGCUGGGGACCUCCCAGGAUACUCCCACCUCAAAACUGGGGUCUCCCAUAAACCCAAAUAUCCCCUUGGUUGUCCCAUCCCAAACUCAGGAUGCCCCCCAUUCCCACAGCUCCCCAAUCCCAGCUCAGAAGGUAGUGAGCUCCCUGUUGCUGGAAGUCUUCAAGCAGAGGCUGGAUGACCAUUUGCUCAGGAUGUUGUAGAGCAAUCUUCCUGUUCAGGUAGGGGUUGGACUAAAUGACCUCGGAGGUGCCUUCUAGCUCUAGGAAUCAGUGGAACCUGAGACCCUCACCAAGAGCCUCCUGGCCUGCCCAAAAUCCUAACCCCUAAGUCUCUACCCACAGGUCCUUAAACUUGAGAUCACUCCUGCCCACAACAAACCCAGGACCGCAGGCCUCAAAACCCAAAGAUUUUCUUUGUCCUCCCAGACGGCCUUAAACCCAGGCUGUAUCAGCAGAGGCCUGACACAGUCCUUUCACUUUCUCAUCUGCCUGAGGCUGGCUUGGCUCUGAGGACUAAACUGGGUGAGGGUGCGGGGUGAGGAGGAGAAAAGGACACAGGGCCCUUAAUUGGGGCUAGGGGAGUAAAGGGGAAGGGGGAACCAUUCAUCCUCCCUUUCCUUUCUUGCUUCUGCAAUAAAAGUGUGAUGAAAC